UUUAUGCUUUAAAGUGAGAGCUACAAGGGAGAAAAUGAGAAGAGAGAGGCUCGGGUUCGUUUACCCUUUUUUUGCUCUUGCAGUGCUGAGUUUGUGGUGCACCACAUAUGUCGUCCACGUCGAGGCGGCAUCGUCGCUGCAGAAGCCGGUGAAGCUGGUUUGGCAUUACUAUAAGGUGCAUAAUACAUGUGAUGAUGCAGAGGCUUAUAUUAGGCACCAGGUGGAGUUGUUUUAUAAGAGGGAUAAAACUAUUGCACCUAAGCUUCUUCGGUUGCAUUAUUCGGAUUGUUUUGUAAAUGGGUGCGAUGCUUCAAUCCUCUUAGAUGGGGCGGAUUCAGAGAAGAUGGCACCACAGAACCGUGGACUGGGAGGGUUCGCUCUUGUCGACAAGAUCAAGACGGUGCUUGAAUCUCGAUGCCCCGGUGUCGUCUCCUGCGCUGACAUUCUUAGCCUCGCCACCAGAGACGCUGUUCAUUUGGCAGGAGCGCCUUCUUAUCCAGUAUUCACUGGGCGAAGGGAUGGGCUGAAAUCGACUAAAGCUUCCGUGGAUCUCCCUUCACCAUCCAUCUCAUGGGAAGCUUCUCUCGCUUAUUUCAAAUCAAAAGGCUUGGAUGUGUUGGACAUGACUACACUAUUAGGAGCACAUUCCAUGGGGAGAGCACACUGCAGCUUCAUUGUUGAUAGGCUUUACAAUUUCAAUAACACAGGAAAGCAAGAUCCAAGUAUGAAGGCAUCAUUGUUGGCAGAAAUGAGAAAGCUGUGUCCCCAACGGAGAAAGGGCCAAACCGAUCCACUCGUGUUCCUAAACCAGGCAUCUGCAUUCACCAACUCUUACUACUCCAGAGUGUUAGCCGGCGAAUCUGUACUCGGAGUUGAUCAGCAGCUACUCUAUGGUGAUGAAACUAAGCAAAUCACUGAAGAAUUCGCAGAUGGGCUUGAAGAUUUCAGGAAAUCGUUUGCUCUUUCCAUGAGUCGAAUGGGGAACAUGAAUGUUCUAACAAGAAAGGAAGGCGAAAUACGCAAGAAUUGCAGAUCUACAAAUAAAUACUAGGCCACUCACUCGGUUCGGGGA